UAGGACAAACAAUAUGGCGGAUGGAUUAUUUUUGAUUCUGUAAAACUUUAUAUCACAUUCUUCCUUAACCUAGGACACUAUAAAUAUAGACUUACAAAAAUGAGUCGAGUAAGCUCUGCUAGCAGUCGUGGACGUGCUCCUACUGCAGCGGAAGUGACACGGUUAAAGGAUACAAUCAGCUCUCUACAACAAGAAGUUAUUCAGGCAAACGCAGCCACAGACAAGGCCACAGAUAAACUCAACUGUUUGAUUCUUCUUGUGAAGAGGGCAUGGACUGGUGAUAAUACAGCAGCAAUACAUGUAGCUAAGAUCAUAGGUAUUGCUCCACCAGAUGGUGAAGAUCACAUUGUUCAGAACACCAAGCCAAAGUCUAAGACACUGAACAACUGGGCACUGCUGACCAUAGGGCUAUUGAACAGAGAAUACAAGGCUAUAGAAGAAGAAAUGACUGAACAGUCCAGAGCAUAUCUUCUGGCAAGAGAGGGCUACUUAGAUGAACAGAUGCUGCAAAAUCGGAACUCAGUUGCACAAGCAAGACCAAACAGUCCAAAUGAAAGUUUUAAAAAGAAGUCCAAAAGUAGACCGAACUCUGGCUACAGAAACCCUCUCCCACCAACUGAUAAUGGUGAUAUAAAUGAUGGUAAUAACAUGACUUGGGGAGAUCUGUUAGUUGAUGGAACAGCCGCAGAUAGGAAGUCGACUGGAAAUGCAGCUUUGACUGGAUUGUUUCAACUUGAAUCCAGUCAAGUGUCCAAUUCAAGAUCUGACCCUGAUAGAACUAACAUAGAUUUUGAUGAUCCCAAUAGAUAUACUCAGCCUGGUCUGUUUGAGUCCAAGAGCUUUGUUGGAAAGAAGCAGCGACCAAAGAGUGGAGUGGAGCAGAAAAAGAGAGAUCUAAAUAGAAACCGGCCUAAAAGUGCAUUUAUCACAGCGCCUCCUCAACCUGAGCGUCCUUUGAAAUAUGAAACCACACGGCCAAUAUCUGGCAAAGGUUCCCUCAAACCAAAAAGAGACAAUUACUUUUUCUCCAGUGGAGAGCCUCUAAUGCGGAAAAUUUCUGGAUCAUCCCCGAACAUAAGUGACCCUUCUCCUCGCAAUCCACCACCAAUGAAAAUCAAGAUUCAGCGACCGGAAAGUAUUGAUAAAUAUAUGGACGAUAUGAACAAAAUGGCUGCCAUGGAAGAGGAUUUUAGUAGAACUGCAAUGGCACUACAAAAAAAAUUGGGGAUUUCAAGUGAUGGAAUGAUACACUAAAACAAUACCAUACCAAAACCAUAUGAUAUUUUAUAAUAUUUAUAACUGCUACAAUUUAUGAAAAGCUUGCUGUAAAUAUAUGUGACUAUUUGAGGCAUGAUGUCAUUUAACAUACUUUAUUACCCCGGUUUAUUACCUAGUAUUUUUUGAACCAAGAUUUUUAUUAUUGUCCUGCCCAUUGGCCACAGCACAUGUUCA